AUGGGUUGUCUCUAUGAAUCUCAUCACGAAGAGGAAAAAUCUGAAACCAACAAAAACAUUCCCAUGUUGUUCUUGCUUGGAGAAUUCUCUGGGGAAUCAAAUCAUGCGUGGUUAAACCCUAAAAACCACACCUCCAACUCCAAGCUCAUCAAAGUUCCAGAACUUGAGGACCAAACGGAGUGUCUCGCAUCCGGGUUUGGUUGGUUGCUCAUACAGUCUCGCAACACCUCCUCCCUCUUCUUUUUCAACCCCUUUUCACGUCAAAGAAUCAACCUCCCAUACCACCACAGCGUUAUCACUGCUGCUGCGUUUUCAGCCUCCCCCACCUCCCCUGAUUGCAUUGUUUUCACCUAUAGGAUGCCUAGCGUCUUUGGCGUCCGUAUUGACACUUUGCUUGUGGGACAAGAAACUUGGACCCGUCAUGUUUUCAUACGAGAUCCAAGCUUAUUCGGUGGAUCGAUCCAAGCCAUCUAUAACAAGGGAUGCUUCUAUUGUGUGGAUCCAUAUGGAAAAAUUGCCACAUUUGAUGCUAAACUGAGGACUUGGAACAUUGUUCGUGGCAAUGGUUUUGAGAGGGCUCGCAAUUAUUUCUUUGAGUUCAAUGGAGAAAUCUUUGCAGUGAAGAACAAGUCAGAUUCAACUUUUGCUGAGAAACUUGAGAGGCUCAAAGUGGAAGGAGGAACGUAUGGAUGGGAGGAGGUAGACUUGGGCUGCUUGGGUGAUGAUGUUACACUGUUUCUAGGUCCCUAUGGUUCCUGUGCUGUUCCAGGUUUAAGCAAUGUUGUUGGGAUGGAGAAGAAGGUUUUUGUGGCAGAUCGUAGGCCUCAAUCCAAGUGUCUUAUGUACAACAAGAGCAAUGGGUUUGGGAUGGUCGCUGAUGCAGGAUUCUUCUCUUGGUGUUAUGCCCCAAUUUGGAUUCAAAGCUCCUAG